AUGCUGUUUUCUGACGGAUUACACUGUAACAUCUCAGUUGCCCAGUCACAUACAUUAUUCUCAACAUCAGAAGAACGACAGAUGCAAACCAUGAGAUGGCCUUCAGGGGUAAAGUGGCCGACACGAGGACAGUGCUUGUACACCUGCUGCUGUGCCUCGUCAUAUUCUACUCUCUCUACUACAUGAUUGGGAGUGUGUGUUUCGGCGCGUUCAGGUGCGACACUUUUCUUUUCCUCUCUCUGCGUGCACGUGUGGUUAUUGGGUUGGAUCACUUUGAUGGACUUAUUCCCUUUGACUUUAAGACUGAACCAACCAAUUUGGAGUCCAACUCCAAAUAUCUGGUGAACCUGCUGUCCAUGGAGUUGACCUAUUUCUGCAGUGGUCUGCUGUUUGCAGCCGUUGUGAGGAGAUGGGUCUGGGACUACGCUCUCACAGUCACACUACUGCACGUACUGCUCACCAGCCUGGUGAUGUUGGAGUUUCCCUUGGUAUGGCAGUGGUGGCUGGCCCUUGGCAGCGGGUUGUUUCUGAUGAUCUGUAACGGUCAGCUGAUAGCUUACUUCACCUGCCAGAGUGACCAGAGUUACCCCACCUUCAACAGCUACUGAGAACACACACACUGACUAGAGUUCUUUGCAGUGAGUCCAGUGGAAAUGGAGGGAAACCAAAUGUUCCUGUUGACUUGGUUACCUGUUUGAUUGUUGCACUUUGUUUCUGUUGGACCGGCUUCCCAGACACCAAUUGAGACAAGUGAUUCUCCACUGAGCAAUCUUUUGAGUCCAGGAAACAGCUCUUAUAUGUAAUAUCUGUAGUAUGUAAUAUCCGUAGUAUGUAAUAUCUGUGGUAUGUAAUAUCUGUAGUAUGUAAUAUAUGUGUUCUCUACGAAUGUUAAUCUUAUGUCAGACAAUGUUAAUCAUGUAAUUUAUCAUCUUAGAUCUAUUAAACCAGCUGUAACCUC